GUUUUAUUUAUUACGGAGCAGUGCUUGCACAUGCUACCUGAGUUAACACCUUUAGUUUUUUUAACGUGCGGGCUCUGGAAUUAUUCGUCAGAACAAACGCUGCGUUUUAAUAAAUUCAUCUUACGUUCACGGUAAAUGUGGCGUCUUAGCUGUCGCCACGCAGAGCAGAGCAGAGCGGAGCGGAGCUAACGGUGGCUAGGCUAACUGUUAGCUCGUGAGCUAACUUCAGUGAAGUUAAAGGCGAAUUAGUGAUUUUAACAGUUGUAACUAUGAGGUCUUUAAAUUACGUCCAGCGGGUCAGUUUGGAUUUUACCGGAACGUUGUUUCCUCACGCGAUUUGUCUCGGAGACGCGGACAACGACACGUUGAACGAGCUGAUUGUCGGAGACACCAGCGGGAAACUGCUCGUGUACAAGAACGACGACUGUAAACCCUGGAUCACGAGGACGUGUGUGGGCAUGCUCACCUGUGUCGCCGUUGGAGACGUGUGCAACAAAGGAAAGAACUUGGUGGUCGCCGUGGGCGCAGAGGGCUGGUUUCACCUCUUUGACCUGACGACCUCGUCUGCCAGCAAAUCAGAUACCAGCAGUCAACACGAGUCCCUGUCCUCCGAGGACCAGAGGCCGCUCUUCACCCAACACAUUCCCGCCAACACCAAAGUCAUCCUCAUCAGUGACAUCGAUGGAGACGGACGCUGUGAGCUGGUCGUGGGCUACACGGACCGCGUGGUGCGAGCUUUCCGGUGGGAGGAGCCAACUGAGGGGUCUGACCUGGGGUCAGGUCAGCUGGUUCUGCUGAAGAAAUGGCUUCUGGAGGGACAGGUGGACAGUCUGUCAGUGAACCCAGGUCCAGAGGGUUUACCAGAGCUGAUGGUGUCUCAGCCUGGCUGCGGCUACGCAAUCCUGCUCUGCUCCUGGACACAACAGGACUCGUCGGGCUCCGGAGACGACGACCCGGCCACACCCGGCAGCGACGGGCCGUCCAGAGACGUAGUUCUCCACCUGACCACUGGGCGGAUACACAACAAGAACGUUUCCACUCAUCUCAUCGGCAGCGUCAGUAAAGGUUCAAAAGAGGAAUCUUCAAAAUGUGGCCUCUUUGCUCUCUGUACUUUAGACGGUACUUUAAAGUUAAUGAACAGCUCGGAGCAGCUGCUGUGGUCAGUGCAGGUGGAUCAUCAGCUCUUUGCGCUGCAGAAGCUCGACGUCACUGGCGACGGCAGGGAGGAGGUGGUUGCAUGCGCGUGGGAUGGUCAGACGUACAUCAUCGACCACAACCGCUCCGUGGUUCGCUUCCAGUUCGACGAGAAUGUCAACGCGUUCUGUGCAGGUCAGUACACGUGUAAGGAGGGUAAAAACAGCCCGUGCCUCGUCUACGUCAGCUUCAACAACAAGAUCCACAUCUACUGGAAGGUGAACCUGGAGCGCAUGGAGUCCACCAACCUGCUGCGAGUGCUGGAGGAGAAACCCGGCUUCAGAGACCACAUGAAGGCGCUGGGAGUCGAUGCCGAGGACCCGGCAGCAGUGAGGUCACUGGUGGCCAAUGUUCUCUAUGAGGAUUCACAGACGUAGCACAGGACAACACUCCCUGUACACUUGCUGUAAAUAGUUUGGUGAAUAAACCCGGUGACCCUCGUGUGUCUCCCAGGCUGCUGCUGCUGCUGCUCCCAGGCUCCUCUUGUUGUUGUUUGUGCUCUCUGCAGCCUCACGCGUCGGGCUCAGGUUUCCAAUCCGCUGUAAACACAGCUACGAGUGCAUCCACACGGACGGAGGAUGUAAACAGAUCACCAGAAACGGGUCCUAUUCAGCUGAUUGUGCUCCGUGCACUCCCUAUGUAAGUUUUACUCUCACUUAAGUGUAAGUUUUGCCCUUUAUUUUCCCCCUUUGGACCGCGUUUUCUAACGGGAAACUGAAGUUUCGACCCAUUUACGCUCCUGCACCAAAGCCCAUUGAUAAAACUGGUGUUUUUAGCCUGUGCGAGAACACAGGGGGUAUUGGUCCAAGUGCUGCCCCUUGUGGUCAGUUUGUGUCACUUUUGUAAAUCCGAACAAAGGAUUUCAAAUGCCGAAUUAAUAAAAUACCACAUGGGAACUCAGUGGUGGAGGCAGAAGUGGAUCGGCAACGUCCGUGUGCCUUAAAUGUUAAAACCUUAAAAUUGCUGGUUUUCUCAAUGGGCUUUGGUGCAGCGGGAGUGAGUCGCUCUACAUUUUUUAAGAAAAACCUCCCAGAUCGUACAUUAUGAUGUGAGGUUCAAGAGGGUAAUGCUUCUUCUUCAUGUUUUGCGUAACCUUUGCGAAGAAAUUAUAAAAUAUAAAUGACCAUUUAAAUGAAUGGGGAGAAAUAAUAAAAGGUAGAUUUUUGCAUGGGAGGCAAAAAGUACUGGACAGAUUCUCAUUUUGGAGGAUUAUUUGAUGUUGAGGCAACCGAAUUCUAUGAUUUCUGUUCUCUGUUGAUUUCCAGUGGGGUUUUUGUAGUUUGUGGCCAUUUUCUUUUGCUUAGAAAAGCCACUGCACACCAAUACAAUAUUUAAGGAUAAACGGGCGAACACCGCGUCAAGAAAAGUCUGUAUAAAGUCAUUUAAAGCCACCCGUUCUUUGGGAGCACUUAAUUGAGUUCCCGCUGUCUCCACCGGCGGCCGCGUUUGUUGUGAAAUAAAACAUUUCAUUUCCAUAACCCUGUGAAAUGUGCUGACGCUUAGAUUGGUGCAGACAGUAAAUUGAAUCCCAGAGCCGCAGAUGCUCAUGCAAAUGCCUGCCUCCCCUCCUCUCAAUGCUGCAUCCAAAUCAAAACCACACACAUAUAUAAUUCAGUCGCUCACUCGACUAAGCGGAGAAGACUGGAGUGUGUUUUGGAGGAGGCCGUUUAUCCACAAUCACGCGGUCUCUGCUCGGAUUUUUUCCUUUUGCUCCUGGACUCCGUUCAGACCCUUUCCGCCGUAAACACCGUAGUCCUGACAAACGGGACUGAUUGUGAAUCCCGCCCGCUGGUUAUUUAUUAUUAUUUCCCCUCUUAAGUCGAGCUUCUCUUCUGUAGUGGAGCAUUAAUCUCACCUCGGAGAACGACGCAGGAACUCGUGAUGAGCAGGAUUUUCUUUUUUUUUUAGCUGUUUUAUCGCGGUGUUCCUGCUGCGCGCGUUAAUAAUUAAAACUCUGGGCCUGUUGAUGUUCUUGUUGUUGUUGUUGUUGUUGUUGUUGUUGUUGUUUCUUCCUGCUAUGAUUUGUCUUCAAGCCGCAAGUGUGUCCUUAUUAUCGGCGGCAAAUAAUAAAAAAACAAAAAACACCAAGUAACACGAGGACAGUUGAA